UCGACACAUACCAAUGCAGUCAGCAACUCUAGUAUAGGCUAGUAUUUACAAUAGCCCUCAGUAUUGAGUAUCGUCUUAUCAAAAUUAACCUGAUACUGGGAUAUCUUACUGCCUACAGCCUAAGAAGAAUAAGGUCCGGUAGAAGCAGGAAGUGGGCAGGAAAUACUUUCAGGCGCGUCUGUGUCGUCACAGUUGCGUCGACCAAUCAAAGAGCUCGAAAUCGAGACACCGCCAAGAUCAGAUUGUGAGACGCGCUGCUGUGGUGAGGCUAACGGAGAGCGUAUAGAAAGGGCUAACUAACUGCUAACUUGCGAAGUUUCUCUGUUCCAUAAAUACACCAAGAAGCUACGGCAACACAAAUGACAGCUGCGGAUUAGCUCUUGGCUAACUGGGAUUUAGACCUCCUCUUCCUCCAUUCUCAUAUGCCAACAACAGCCGUUCGAGGAAACAGGAGAGUGCACAAGAGUUUGACGAGUGACAGAGGAAAAUCUUCUUUUAACCUGAAUCUCAGAUCCUCCGGUCCUUUGGGAUCAUGGCAAAAGAUGCUGGUCUAAUUGAAACAAAUGGAGAGUUGAAGGUUUUCAUCGAUCAGAAUCUGAGCCCCAGCAAAGGUGUCUUAUCCUUGGUUACUGUCCAGCCUGCAGCUGCAGUGCCCAAACAGCUCCUCCCCAAAACACUCGGGCCAUCCAAUGUCAACGUUGCAACACACGUUCAACAUUUGCCACACAUGGUGAUAGGAACACCACAGAGGCCCACAGUAUCAAAUACCAUUUUGGUAAACAGUCCACAUACGCCAAGUUCUCAGUUCCUCACUCAGAGUCAACCAUCUGAUGCCUCUCCCUGGUCAUCAGGAAAACGUGGUAAAAAGGGGGACAAGAAUGGGAAGGGCUUGAGGCAUUUCUCCAUGAAAGUCUGUGAAAAAGUGCAGAAGAAAGGAGUAACCACGUACAAUGAGGUGGCAGAUGAACUGGUGGCAGAGUUCAGCUCUGCAGACAACCACAUGUCGCCUAAUGACCCACAUGUGUACGACCAGAAGAACAUUCGGCGGCGUGUGUACGAUGCACUGAACGUGCUCAUGGCAAUGAACAUCAUCUCUAAAGAGAAAAAAGAAAUCAAGUGGAUUGGUCUGCCCACAAACUCAGCUCAGGAGUGCCAAAAUCUAGAGGUGGAAAGACAAAGGCGGCUGGAGAGGAUCAAGCAGAAACAAUCACAACUUCAGGAGCUCAUCCUGCAGCAAAUAGCUUUUAAGAACCUGGUCCAGAGGAAUAGACAGGCAGAGCAGCAGGCAAACAGACCUCCACCCCCCAACUCCAUCAUCCACCUUCCCUUCAUUAUUGUCAACACCAGCAAGAAAACUGUCAUCGACUGCAGCAUCUCCAAUGACAAGUUUGAGUAUCUGUUUAAUUUCGACAACAUGUUUGAGAUCCACGAUGACAUCGAGGUGCUGAAGCGAAUGGGUAUGGCCUGUGGUCUGGAGGUGGGGAAAUGUUCUGCAGAGGAUUUGAAGGUUGCACGUAACCUGGUACCCAAAGCGUUGGAGCCCUAUGUUAUAGAAAUGGCAAAAGGUCCCAUCAGUAAUGUCUACAUCACUGGAGGAUCCUCGGCUAACGGAGCACGUUACCCUACCAACAGUGACAGCUGCACUGACGGCACCAUGGCUUCCAGCUCCAACGACUCUCACUACAGCGGCUCUCGUGUGGAGACUCCAGUGUCGUACAUGGGGGACGAUGACGAUGAAGACGAGUACGACGAGAACGAUGAUGAAGACUAAAGCCUUUUAUACUUUUGUUGCUCCAACAAGCACAGUUCUAGAAAACAACUUCAGCGUGGGAAUUUAUUUUCCCCCCUCCUUAGUGUGUGCGUCUUCUACUCCCACCUCCCUGCCCCCCCAUGCCCGUUUUCCUCUCUGGCUUUCUCAGGGGUGUACAUGAAUUUGAACUGAGGUGUGUUGAUGCACCCUCCCCUUUUUUUUUUCUGCUCCUGAAUUGCGUGCACCUGCACUACAGCUUCUGGGGUGGUCUUGUCCAAGGGAACUGUGGUCUGUGGCCCAUGCCACGAUGCUUUGUCAGUCUUUGUAUGUUUGUUUAAUCCAUGUUUCCAUAAGCCAUCCCACUAAAAACCCUCUGUAAAACCUACUGCUGUUGGAGAAUGUAUAAUGUACUUGUUUGAAUAGUUAUUCCUAUGUUUUGCAGUUACACAUAGCAUAUGUGAUGAUGUUCAGGAUGAUUCAAUGAUGGCCAAAGUGUCUGCAUCACGUCUGUCAGUGCGACACCAUGGAAUUUGAAAGGCCUGGUAACAGUUGCCAUGUCACCUCUGGAUGGGGCUCCAUCAAAUGUGUCGAUACUUCUUUGUUUUGUAUUAUGGACAAUACUUUGAGAUAGUUUCUUAUCCCCUCUCCCCCUGUUUGUGUUGGGCUGGCUUCAUUUUCUUCUGUAGGCAGCUGCUUUCCUGAUCUUGUUUGAUAGGGUUUUGUUUUUUUGUUUGUUUUGCAUUUCUAGAGUUGAUGAUUUCUCCGUCAACACCAUCUUAAAGCCUUGGUAGUGUUUACAAUGUUAUGGCACCAGCAAGGUAAUGACUUUCAUGACCCAGGCUCCUGAUAGGUAAAAUAAGCUUUGUUUGUUAAUGACAUAUAUGAACUCUGUGACGAUUGUAGCUUAUAGUGUCCUUUAGAGGCCAGUGGUAAAGAUAUGAAUUAUUAAUGUAACAAAAUGUGUGGUUGUGUAGGUCUUGAUGUGCUCCUUCAAAGAUCUCUUUUAAAACUGAGCAACACAUGUACUGACUCUUCCAAAUACUUUUGUGUAAUCUAAUAUAAGUUUGCAAAAAUUAAAUAUAGAUUGUUUUAAUA